AUUAUUUGAUUUCACAUUCUGUUCUUGUACACAGCAUGUUCUCUUCACAUGUAUGCAGAGUUCCUGCAGUGUGUGUUAUGUCUGUAUUCUCUCUGGGCUCAGGCGCACUACCCGGCCUCCUGCUCCCACAUGUCUCAGUGGAUGGACGACGGAGGGUACUACGACGGCAUGAACAUGGAGGCUCAGAGCAAACACCUGGCCAAGCUCAUCUCCAAGCGCUGCCCGAGCUGCCAGGCGCAGAUCGAGAAGAACGAGGGCUGCCUGCAUAUGACCUGCGCUAAGUGCAACCACGGGUUCUGCUGGCGCUGCCUGAAACCAUGGAAACCCACUCACAAAGAUUACUACAACUGCUCCGCCAUGGUGAGUAAAGCGGCGCGGCAGGAGAAGAAGUUCCAGGAUUACAACGAGAGAUGCACCUUCCACCACCAGGCCAAGGAUUUUGCGAUGAACCUGGAGAACAAGGUGUCGUCAGUGAACGAAGCUCUGCCGAUGAAGACUCUGACCUUCGUCAUCGACGCCUGCAAGACCCUCGCUCAGGCCCGCAAG